AUGACGGCGCUUGCUCUCGCGCUUGCCAUCUUUGCGCAGAGCGUGCUGCCCACGGCGCCGUGGCCCUCGUCGGACCUGCAUACCGUGCUGGAGAAGCACAUGCAGUCAGACGGAACACGAGCAGCACACACAGGCAGGACAGACAUCACAGCCAACGACAGGCAAGCCAUCCUGGAUCUGCACAACCAACUCAGGGCUCAGGUGCACCCGCCUGCUUCCAACAUGGAAUAUAUGGUGUGGGACUCUGAGCUGGAGAGGAUGGCGGAGGAGUGGGCAGAGACGUGCAUGUGGGAGCAUGGCCCAGCGAGCCUGCUGCCACACAUCGGCCAGAACCUGGGGGUUCACUGGGGGAGGUAUCGUCCUCCGACGUCUCACGUGCAGGCAUGGUACGAUGAAGUGCGAGAUUACUCCUUCCCCUACCCACAGGAGUGCCGCCCGCACUGCCCGUUCAAAUGCACAGGUGCACAGGUGUGCACCCACUACACUCAGCUUGUGUGGGCCACCAGCAGUCGAGUCGGCUGUGCCAUCCAUGUGUGCUAUGAUAUGAAAGUGGGGGAACAGAUCUGGGGCAAGGCAGUUUACCUGGUCUGCAAUUACUCGCCAAAAGGGAACUGGUGGGGCUCCGCACCAUACAAACCCGGGGCGUCCUGUUCCGCCUGCCCACCCAGCUACGGGGGAGUCUGCAAAAACAGCCUCUGCUACAGAGAUAAGUGGACAGGUAGAGCUCAUGUGGAGACUGACGAGAACAACUCCAUAGAACCAGAGGCCCCUAACAGCCCGGGGCCACACACACGGGUCCCUGCCCCAACCAGACGGCCCCGCCCAGACCCGAGCACACACGCGGUCGUGAGCACAGAGCAGAUGUCCCAGCUCGUGACAUGUGACACAAAACUUCGAGACCAGUGUAAAGGUACUCCUUGUAAUAGGUAUGAGUGUCCUGCUGGGUGUGUAGACAGCACUGCCAAAGUGGUGGGGACGGUACACUAUGACAUGCAAUCCAGCAUCUGCAGGGUGGGUCUCCAUUCUGGGGUGAUCGACAACGGUGGAGGCUGGCUAGACAUCACCAGACAGGGCAGAAAGGAUUUCUUCAUCAAAUCACAGAAACAUGGAGUUCAGUCCAUAGGAAAGUUCCAGAGUGCCAAUGCCUUCACAGUAUCCAAAUUGAUUGUCAAGGUCGCCACAUGUGAGAGCGCGGCAGCCGUGUUAUGUCCAUACCAAGCACCUGGCAGACACUGUCCCAGAAUUUACUGUCCCCCAAACUGCCUGCGAGAACAUUCGUGGACAUCCAGAGUCAUUGGCACCAGAACAUAUUUAGACAGAUCCAGUGUUUGUGGAGCGGCCGUCCACGCUGGGGUGAUCAGAAACGAACUGGGCGGCUACGUUGAUGUGAUGCCCACUAGCAGCAGAAACCAGUACAUCUCCUCCUACCAGAAUGGCAUGUUGUCUGAGAGCUUGCAGAACCCUCCGGGGGCGAUGGCGUUCCGUGUGUUCGCUGUGAUCUGAUCACAUGCUGAUGUCACCCUCAUUUGGCAGUGUGUGACGUUUUCUUCCUCCUUGUUGGCUAAUCUAUAACUGUAGAAAUGGACAGAGAUCGUAAAGUGUUUACUCAGCUAAGUACGUCUAAAGCACAGCAGGCGGUCAGGCUGAAAUGUUUGCUCCAUUAUUCUUGUGCUAUUUUCAUUAGUGGAUGGUUCUGGCAUGGUAUAUGUUAUACACACCUAGUGAAAGAUCCAUCUGUACAGCUCAUGGGAUCAGCAUUCUAAAGUUACCUUGUUUUAGAAUUAUGACAUUCUGCUUAACACACCUGUCGCUCACACCUGUUGUGAUAUGGAUGGAGAGGCUGCUGUACUAUAAUCCUCACAUGAGGACAUACGAACAGCUGUCAUAACCCAGCAGGACAUCAUAUGAACAUCUGUCAUAAUCCAGCACAACAUCAUAUGAACAGCUGUCAUAAUCUACCACAACAUCAGAUGAACAUAUAUCAUAAUCCAGCACAAGAACAUAUGAACAGCUGCCAUAAUCCAGUGCAAGAACAUGUGAACAGAUGUCAUAAUCCAGCACAAGAACAUAUGAACAACUGUUGUAAUCCAGCACAAGGACAUAUGAACAACUGUCGUAAUCCAGUGCAAGAACAUGUGAACAGAUGUCAUAAUCCAGCACAAGAACAUAUGAACAUCUGUUGUAAUCCAGCACAAGAACAUAUGAACAGCUGUUGUAAUCCAGCACAAGAACAUAUGAACAGUUGUCGUAUCCCAGUUGUCGUAACCCAUAUGAGAUCAUAUGAUCAGCUGUCAUAAUGCACCAUGAAUUGGUACACAGAUUCUCACUGUUUACAGGCUUGUAUCUAUAAAACUAGACUGCAAGACAUCAGCACUGCUAGUUUUCACCGUGUUGUAUGGAGUUUUGAACGUGUUGUAUGGAAUUUUGAACGUGUUGUAUGG